GCUGGUUUAAAUAGAGAGGCAGCCGCAGCGGUGCUCUUAUGAGAUCCGUCAGGAGUCCGUCUAUCACUCUCACUCGCUCUGGCAGCUAUUGCGCGCAUCCGUGCCGGGAUACGAGCGCUUUUUUGGGCAUUAGCUUGCGGAAAGAUUCGUUUGUAUGUAUCGCAACAAUUCUUCAUUUUUCUAAGACAAACCGACUUGUAGCGUUAAAUAGGGGCGUGUACUGAAGCGUAAAGAGACCCACACCUGUUCGCUCGGCAAGGUGCGCUUUUAUUUGUGAUGCUGGCAUUAUUGUCGUUUAAUGCGUUAUUUUGCUAACUGGUGUAGAGUGUUGUAUAUAUGUGUAUCUGAAAUGUUAUGACAUUUGGGGUUAAUUAAAUGCUCACCCCGUAAACUUCUUAUAUAGGCGGAUAGUGAAAGAAUAAAUUAAAUGUUAAUGUUAGUAACGAAACGCAAAACUCAGGUUGUUUAAUAUAACGGGACGUUGUACGCAUUCAUUUUUAUUUAAUACUAAUUUACAGACUUUUUCGGCGUACAGAAACGACGGUAUACGAUGAUGAUUAACAUUGUCGCGGAGUUUUUCGUGGUCAUUCUGAAAGUACUCUGGGCCAUCGUGAUGGCCGGACUGAAGUGGUUCAUACGGCCGAAGGAGAAGAGCGUAGCGGGACAGGUGUGUCUGAUCACCGGGGCGGGCGGUGAGCUCGGGCGGCUGUACGCGAAGGAGUUCGCCCGGCGUCGGGCUACUUUGGUGCUGUGGGACAUCAAUAGCCAGAGCAAUGAAGAGACGGCGGAAGUGGUUCGGCAGAUUUACAGAGAGCGGGACAACCCCAUGACAAAAGAGGAAUCUGUUGGAGGUGUGGAAGAGGUCCCUCCUUUCCAGCCACAGGUGUACACGUAUGUGGUUGAUGUGGGGAAGAGAGAGAGCGUGUAUGCCACAGCAGAGCGAGUACGCAGGGAGGUUGGUGAAGUGGACUUGUUGAUCAACAACGCCGGUGUGGUGUCCGGCCACCAUCUGCUCGAGUGUCCCGAUGAGCUGAUCGAACGGACCAUGGUGGUGAACUGCCACGCUCACUUCUGGACCACCAAGGCGUUUCUUCCCAAGAUGCUAGAGAUGAACCAUGGCCACAUUGUGACGGUUGCCAGUUCGCUGGGUCUGUUCAGCACAGCUGGUGUGGAGGAUUACUGCGCUAGCAAGUUUGGUGCCAUCGGCUUCCACGAGUCCCUGAGUCACGAGAUCAAGGCUUCGGAGAAGGACGGUAUCAAGAUGACUCUGGUUUGUCCUUACCUGGUGGACGCGGGCAUGUUCAAAGGUUGCAGAAUAAGGAAAGAGAUCGAGCCAUUUCUCCCUCCACUGAGGCCAGAGUUCUGCGUGAAACAGGCCAUGAGAGCCAUCCUGACAGACCAGCCCAUGAUCUGCACGCCUCGCAUCAUAUACAUGGUCAACUUUAUGAAAAGCAUUUUGCCAUUCGAAGCAAUCGUGUGCAUGUACCGAUUCCUGGGAGCGGAUAAGUGCAUGUACCCCUUCUUGGCUCAAAGGAAGGAAGCGAUGAACAACAACGAGGCUAAGAACGGGAUCUAGACAGCGCUGUUUUUUUAGCUCCAGAAGGGGCGUGUUUUUGAGGCGCGUGCAGAUGAGACCACUGAGGUUGAAGCGAGAGAUGGAUAAAGACUGGUGCACUUGCAUUUGUUAGAUGCAAAGGUUUACCGUAUUGUUCCUCUGGAACAAAGAAAGCUGUGUACUACACUAAGGAUUUAUUUGUCUGUUUUUUUUUUUGAAGGUUUGUUUAAAGAAACCGUUCAUCUAUACUCUGUGUCAAUAGUUUUGAAAUCAUACAUGAGAUAUUCAGUAAUUAACUAUUUACGUAAUGUAGUCACCAGCAUUAUCUAGUGUCUUCGUGAAAAUAUACAGUAUGUUACUGUACGAACAGUAAAAUCUUGUCACUUUUUUUGUUUUGUGUGUAGACAUGCACUGUAUUUACUUUCUUCUACACUGCCAGCAUUAUCUAAACAGUUCAGUGUGGUACUUUGCCAUUUAAAUCCCCAGUUUGUUUCAAGACAACAGAAAAUCAUGUGCUAGAUAAAGGUCCAAUGAUAAACCGUGUGAUGGGUUAUCGUCCGUUCUUCUAAACACGACCGUUUAUGCUGACCAAUUGUAUUUUCUGAUUCCAACUGUGUUAAAGGUCAUGUAUCAGAAAAGGUUUCGGUGAUAUGUGACCUAAAGAUGCGCAUCUGUCGCACAUUCUUCAACCCAUUUUAUCUCCUAAAUUAUCACCGACUCGAGCCAUGUUUAGUUUGUGUAUGGGAUUCUGAAUACCAAAUGCUAUACUUCGUUUAUGUGAUCCAUUUUCAACUUUUGCAUCAACUUGGAUCAAAUUAUGCAUAUAUUUGGGGGGGGUUAGAAAUGGGAAUGACUCCUGUAAAAAAUUUUUUUUGCAUUUUAAUGCGAAGCAUUUUAAUGUAACACACUCGCCAUUGUCCAGUUAAAUUGUCUGAAUUGUCAUUUUGUGUAUGCAAACCUAUUUGAUUAUUGAAAGACAUCACAGAUAUAUAUUUGGAUACUUUGUAUGUAAAGAAAAAAUGACGAAACGCACGAGUUUAAACUACAUUCCAACAGGCAUCACCGACUGCGAUGACCCUAAAUCUCUACCUCUUCACUUUUGCCAUUUGUUUAACAGUAUGACAUAAAUACUUUUUUGUAACUUUCCUAAAGACUGCUCUAUAGAGGAGCACAAGAUGUGACUCCAAUGUUUAGUGUCUCUACCUAACUUAAAUUAAUAAAAUGAUUUAGAUUACUGUGGUUUGUUUAUUAAGACUUGACCUUGAAUACAGCUGAGCUUGCGACCACAGAAGAAUCUAAAAACUCUCAGCACCGCAGUAUAAUGUAAGCAAAUACCAGAAAUUCUGGAGAUACAGAGCACAGAUCUAGGUUUUGAAGACUCGGUACUUCACAUUGGCAAUUUUUUACAUUCCAUUAGAUUCCUAAGCUCAUCUAUAACAACUUCAAGUGGAAUGAGUGAUGCACACAAAAGGGGAACUACAUUUACAGUACUGGUGGGUAGAAGUCCUAAUAUCACAGCAUUUGGGUGGGAUCCUGGGGAGUAAACAAUGUAGAAUUUUAUGACUCAAAUCUUCCAUUGUAACCAAUAUGCCUGUAGUAGUGAGCCGAGAUGUACGUUUCACUGAGGGGGAAAUGCAUCAUAGGAAGAGAGGAGGUUUUCAUUGCAAAGCUUGUGUCAAUAAACACGCCGCUCAAGUGUGAUGAACAUAGUGUGAGUAAACUCAAUGUGAUAAUUCAGUGACAAAUUUCUCUAUAGCACAUGUCUAAUAAGAUUUCAUUGUGUUAACAGACAUGGAAAAUAAUAAGUAUUAAUUAGCCUGACGUCAUUUGCAUCAAUUCAGAAAAGAAUUACUUGAAUGAAUGAAUCAAGCUAAUUAACUAACCCAUAGAAAUCGUCACUGAGGACAUUCAGUUCCCUGGACAGCCAAUGGUCAUCAAUUGUUACACAACCACAAGUAGACAUCAAUAUGUUCGCCUGCAGUGGAGGCAUUUAAGUCUGGAUAAUUAGACUGAGUGACGGGCCAUGGAGAGAUUAGAGUUAAUACAGAAAGAGAGAGAGAGAUAUUGACACAUCAAACCCCUGCAGCUGAGUGUCAGAUAGAAUCAGUCUAC